UAUUGAUCCAGCUUUGCGUUACAAGACAGAGGAGAGGCGCAUAUCUCUCCGGCUGAAAAGUCUCAGGCCGAAAUCGUCGAUAGACUUCAGCCAGUGAGUCAUGAUGGGAAGGUGCUACAACCUUAUCUCAGCUGUCAUCUUUGCAUCCACAACCGACGAGGCAUCCACUUGUCUCAUCGCCUCAUAAAAAGAUAAUAUCUUUUUGAGAUUCGACAUUGAGUUAUCAUUCUUUGAUAAUAGACGACAGAAUCUCAUCUUAACCUCAUCUAAUCUUACAACAAUCAAUUCAUUGGACUUGAGGAGCGAUAUCCAGGCUACCAAUCAGAGAAAUUCACAAGACACCCAUAAAAUGUCAACUCACGACAACACCGAGAUCAUACCGGCAGCUUUAAAACCAGGCGAUACAAUAGCCCUCCUCUCCCCCUCCUCCCGUCUCAACGACAUCUUCCCCCUCCGCAUCUCCCGCGCAACCACUGCCCUCGAAGUCCUAGGCUUCAAAAUAAAAUCCAUCUACACCUCCCUUCCCACCCCCUGUUCCCACCACCAACAAAUCCACCACCGAGUCCAAGAACUGCACUCCGCAUUCACCGACCCCUCAAUCCGCGCCAUAAUCAGCACCAUCGGCGGCCUCUCCUCCAACGAGCUCCUCCCCUUCAUAGAUUGGGAUCUCAUCCGCACGAACCCGAAGAUCUUCGUCGGGUAUUCGGACAUCACGCUUUUGCAUCUUGGGAUCUUUGCUCAGGCGGGAUUGAGGACUUUUUAUGGACCUGCUGCUAUCACGCAGUUUGCGGAGAUUCCGGAGCCGUUGGGGUUUACUGUUGAGCAUUUUUUGCAUGUCCUCUCCCCGCGGACAGAAGAUGUUGGGAAGCCGGUGGGUAGGAUGCCGAGGAGCGAGGUGUGGACGGAUGAGUUUGGGGAUUGGGGGAAUGAGGAUAAGGAGCUGAAAGCGAGGAAACUGGAGAGGAAUGAUGGGUGGAAAUGGUUGAGAAAAGGCGAAUGCGAGGGUAGGAUGACGGGGGGUUGUUUACCUUCUCUUCUUCAGUUGGCGGGGACGAGGUAUUGGCCUUCGUUCCAGGGUAAGAUUUUGUUGCUUGAGAAUCCGGAGGGUGAGAGACCGGAUGGACCGUUGCCGUUGGAGCAGAGUAGGAGUUUGAUGGCGGAUUUGGUGAAUGUUGGGGUGUUGGAUGAGAUUUCUGGGCUGGUGGUUGGGAGACCGACAGGGUAUCAAGGGGAGGAAUUGAAAGGUUAUGAAAAGGUGGUGUUGGGGAUCUGUUCUGGGGUCAAGGAAGAUGGGACGGAGAGGAACUUUCCGAUUCUGUUUGGAGUUGAUGUCGGGCAUACGGAUCCGAUGCUUACGGUUCCGCUGAAUGCGAUGACGAGGUUGUCGUCUGAGGAGGAUGUGUGGGAAGUAUUGGAACCGUCUGUGAGCUAAAUUCAAUUUUCAUGAAAUCCUUCUGCAGAGAAUUAUACACCAUCUAAUCAUGUUAUACCUCCGAAGGAGAAGUCCACUACAGCUCUACUUUUUCGACAUCUUCUUAAACUGCAUGAACUGUUUGAAUGCCUCCAUAUCGUCC